CUAUUGACGUCAUGAUACUUUUUAGUGGCACAGGCAUUACACGCGGAAGGAAACGCGCCAUUGAAGCGAAUUCUCAACGUGAGUGUUUCGUUGAAGUACGUUUUUCUGAAAACGGUGCUAAUUGUUUCUUUUUCUUCCCUCCGCUGGUAUUUUUGUGGCGACAUGGCGUACAGAGGACAGGGACAGAAGGUCCAGAAGGUGAUGGUGCAGCCCAUCAACCUUAUUUUCAGGUAUCUACAAAAUCGCUCACGGAUCCAGGUCUGGUUGUAUGAACAGGUGAACAUGAGGAUAGAGGGCUGUAUUAUUGGUUUUGACGAGUACAUGAACCUGGUUCUAGAUGAUUCUGAGGAAGUCCACAUGAAGACUAAGAACAGAAAGCCACUGGGGAGGAUCAUGUUGAAAGGAGACAACAUUACCCUGCUGCAGAGUGUGUCCACCUAGGAUAAUGCAAUCACCUACAAUCCUAACUUUUUCCGGAAGAAAUGUUUUUCCUAAUUUUUUUUUUCUGUAAAAGAUUGAGUGCAUUUCUGUUAAUGUAACUUCAUGGAUCCAUUUUGAGAAUAAAGUUUGUUUUUCUUACUA